CAAUGGCCAUUGUGGUCGGGGUGUGCUGAUGGGUGCUGGCUCCUUCCCUGCUGGGGUGUCCCGGGCUGGCGUUCCGCCCCCCAACCCCGCGGCCUGGUCGUACGCUGCAGGGCUGCCCGGCCGCGCCCGGGCCCACACGUCUCAGCGCGGGGUGGGCGAGGUGUAGGGCCUGGUCCCCGCUGGGGGCAGGCAUGCGGGCGGGCGCUGGAUUCUUUGGAUCGCGGACGUCGCGGGCAAAUAAAACAGGCGCGCGGGCGGUUGUGCCGUGCCGGCCGCAUUCCCGCUGCUAGGGGGAGGGCGAGGAGCGGAGUGGCCGCGGCGCAGAUGGAGCCCGGCAGCGGGAGCGGCGGCGCCGGGCCCGCCGUCACGCCGGUGGCGGCUGUGCUGCCGGCGGGCGGGAGCGGGGAGCGCCUGGGUAGCGCCACCCCCAAGCAGUUCUGCGCCGUGCAAGGGAGGCCGCUCGUCAGCUACACGGUGCGGGCGAUGGAGAGGAUAAGUUGGAUAUCUAAAAUUAUUGUGGUGGUCUCUCCUGAAAACAUUGAAACAAUGAAGUCUAUCAUUGAAAAAUAUGGCCAUGAAAGAGUUAUGAUAGUAGAAGGUGGAAUAACUCGUCACCGGUCAAUUUUCAAUGGACUGAAAGUAUUUGCAGAGAAUGAAUUUUCCAACCAUCUGCUCCAGAAACCAGAAGUAGUGAUCAUCCAUGAUGCAGUGAGGCCUUUUGUUGAAGAAGAUAUUCUUUCAAAAGUGGUUCUGGCUGCUAAAGAACAUGGGGCAGCAGGAGCAAUUCGUCCGCUGGUUUCUACUGUUAUUGCCUCUGCUGCAGAUGGCUGUUUAGACCACUCAUUGGAACGUGCCAGGUACAGAGCGAGUGAAAUGCCUCAGGCUUUCUUGUUUGAUGUAAUCUAUGAAGCAUACCAACAGUGUACAGACUAUGACCUGGAUUAUGGAACUGAAUGUUUGCAUCUAGCUCUGAAAUACUGUAACACAAAUGCCAAACUUGUUGAAGGAACGGCUGACCUCUGGAAGGUGACCUACAAGCGGGAUCUGUAUGCAGCUGAAUCGAUCAUUAAGGACAACCUAUCACAACAAGUUUGUGUUAUCACCUACGUGAAGGAAGCUGUUGCACAAGUAGGUUUUCUCCUUCAUGAAUAUCUGAAAAGCCAAAUAAAAGUUGAAGCUGUGUCAGUAUCUCUGAGUAAAAGUGACAGCCAUCUACAAGACCUGUUUUCAGGACAGUGCUACAAUUUUGUUUGCAUAAAUGAUAAAAAGUAUGCUAUUCAAGAAACCCAGCAACUAGUGGAUAUGUUGGAAAAAUCAAAUAUCCCUCUCUUAUAUCCAGUUGUCCUUAUUUCGGUGCACUUGGGUGUUUCAGAAAAUAUUUCUUUCAGCAUUGGGAUGGAAGAACUAACUAGAAUCAAGAAAUUUGCAAGGGAAGUGAAAAAGAAAAAUAUUUUGGUUUAUGGUCUCCUUAUCCAGUAUAAGGACCAUUUGCUGCUUCAGGAGACAGUAAAUUCUGCUGCUGCUCUUAUCAUGGCAUUAAUAAAGGACAGAAACCCGGAGCUGAUUGGGCAGCUGUUGGUAGCAUAAGACCAUAAAUCAUGUGUAGCUUUUGGAAAUAUUUCUUUUUCGUCAUCCAUUCACCAAAGGUCUUGAAUCAUUUUACCCUUUGAUGAAAACUCUGGAUUUAUGAUGUUUACUAUUAAUAUCUUUUAACAACAUAUUUUUGAUACUUAAAAUGCAAGUCUACUAUUAUGUAUAAAGUGCAAAAUGAAAUACAAAUCAUUCUGAGAUACACUAGGUACAUACUGUGAGGAAUGAUGCUGAAACAUUUUUGUGAUCAUUUAAAAAGGUGCACAGAGGACACCAAAGCAUUCAGUCUUCAUGCAGAAUUGUCUUUAACCAUGCAUGUGUAUCGUACACUAGGACUGCAUGAAUGAAAUUUUAUUUAAGAUAAAAUAAUCCUAAAGCACAGCUCUUGGUCUUUAUAUGAAAUUAUACACCUAUUAGUGAAUGUAGAGUUCGUUAUACAGGGUAGCCUUCCUGACAUCGACAGAAACGCGCAUUGCAAGAAGUGUUUGAAGGGUCAGGUCCCCCUCCUCCAUGUAAUGAAGGUAACCUUGAAACAAAGAAAAGAUGUGCAUGGGGGCACCGAGGUGCUAAACCCUGCGUUUCCAGAUGUGUUACGCUCGGGCUGUAGCACUCCUUAGUGCUACACUUCUUCCAGUACCCAUGUGCCGUCAUUUUGAAGUAGCUCCAAUAGCUCCUCGCAGUACUGUAUUACACAUUCUCUUUUUGUUGCACGUGUGUGUACGUAUAUGCAUGUAUGCGCGUAUGCAUGCUUAAAGGAAGAGUUAAGACUGAAAAAAAUGUUUUGCAACCCAAUCUGUAGGUAAUGGAGAAACAGGAAGAUUCUGUUAGCUCACCUACAAGAAUACAAUUUUCAUCUCUUGCUGGUUAGCAUAUGUGUGUGUUGAAUAGUAGCGAAGAGGACUGACUGUUAUGAGUUCAGAUAUAUGCUGCACUGAUAUUCAAGUGUGGAAAGUUGGGAUAAGAAGGUAAAAUGGUGAAUGGUUAUUAUGCGGAGUGCCUCCAGGUAUCACAACCUCUCAGAGCAAUACAAGAAUAUGACAGUCCUUGAAAACACCUGUCCCUCCCUGUCCAUCUGACUCAGGAAUUCCAGCUUUCCUGCAACUUGUGAGGGGCUAGGUUAAUGUCUUGCGUACCUGCUGUGAUUGGAGUAAAGCUCUUGGGGAAUUAUUCCCACCAGAAGUGUCCAGUAAGCCCCCCAUUCAGUCUGUCCUGAGCAAGAGCACUGUCAGUUCAGCAAGUUUCCCUCUGAAACCAGCAUUCCUCCCAUUACUCCCACCACGUUCCACUCCCUGGUGCUCAGACAAAUCUUAGGAUAGCAUGAUUCAGGGGCAGUCCUCUUCCUCUUUCCUUUCACCUGACUAUCUAUAUUUCUGUUUUAAAUCCCUUUUAGAAGCUUCUGUUGAUCUCAGACUUUCUUCAUUACAUGAUAAAAUGGUUAUUAGCUGGCUGUUCUGUAUCCAAAACACAUGUUUUCUUCCACAGAAGUCAUCCUAAGACAAGUAACAAACUUCUCGUGCAUCAUCUGCUUUCUUCUUCGCUUCUCUCGCCUCUACUUUGGUUAAUAAUUUGUCCUUUUCUGACAUUGUGCAACAUAAGCAUUUAUAUUAGCUCUGUGUAUGGCUAUACAAUAGGCAUAUUUUAUUUUUAUAUAUAUAUAUUCAUGUCUGUUAAUAUGCAGAGUAUGCAAAUAAAUGAGGAACUAAAGAAUUUAUUGUAGGUAUUCAUAAUUUAGGAGGACAGCUUUCACAAAUAAGUUUUCUGAAUUCGCUUUUACAUUAAUGAAUUUGAAGGAAUUCAUCUCACAGGCUUUUAAAAGACAUGAUGAAAGAUGACUCUUUGAUUGCAUUUUGUGACUUUUCGUUGCUGGAAGACUGAAAUACAAUCCAUGAUGUGUUUUCCCCACACAAUAAUAAGCAAGUUAAUUUAGAAAAUCCUUUAUGUUUUCUGUCCACUCUAAUUUAUACAUUGUGAUACUGCCUUAGCAUUGGAUUGUGUGUAACUUAUCAUUCGCUUAAACGGAAUGUUUUACUGUGUAGGGCUGUUUUACUUACCUCAUUCUCUUAAAAGGAUUUCAAUCCAAUUAAAAAUGUUACUGCAAUGAACAGCUGUAAUGAAAAAUUAUAUUAUGGUUGUUUAUGGGCUUAUUUUGAAAAGAGAACAGAUAAUGCACAACAAAGUGAGUUUUGGGUCAUCAGGCAUAUUUAGUACUAAUUUUAAAUGGAAGAUAAUAAGCUUAAUUCAUGUGCUGUUAAUCAUUGCAUUAUGGAUUUUUUUUCUCUUUAACAAACUUUUAAAAUAAUAUACAAACACUGAAAAAUCUAUUUUGCUGGAAGCAAAUACACCAACAACAGGACUACUAGGACUGCAGUAAAAGCAAACAAAGAGAAACUGUACUGUGAUUAAUGCUAGUGUGUUUCCAAACCAAACUGAAAUGGUCUUUUGGAUGAUUGUUAAUACUUACAAUGGGAAUAAAGAUAUAAAAUGAAACUAAGAAA